UUCCAUCCACAUUGCUACAAAGGGCCAUAUUUCGUUCUUUCUCAUUGCCAUGUAGUACUCCAUUGUGUAUAUAAACCACAAUUUCUUUAUCCAUUCAGCAGUUGAUGGACAUUUAGGCUCUUUCCACAAUUUGGCUAUUGUUGAGAGUGCUGCUAUAAACAUUGGGGUACAAGUGCCCCUAUGCAUCAGUACUCCUGUAUCCCUUGGGUAAAUUCCUAGCAGUGCUAUUGCUGGGUCAUAGGGUAGGUCUACUUUUAAUUUUCUGAGGAACCUCCACACUGCUUUCCAGAGCGUCUGAGCCUUGUUUUAAAUAUUUAUGCACCGUGGGCCGCCUGGGUGGCUCAGUUGGGUAGGUGUCUGACUUCGGCUCAGGUCACGAUCUCAAGGUUGUGGGUUUGAGCCCCGCAUCAGGCUCUGUGCUGAAAGCUCAGAGCCUGGAGCCUGCUUUGGAUUCUAUGUCCCUCUCUCUGCCCCUCACCCACUCAUGCUCUGUCUCCAUCUCUCAAAAUAAAUAAAUGUUUUUAAAAAAUAUUUAUGCACCGAAAAUUGCUUAGGAGGACACAACCCAAAUCACCAGUAAAGGGUUUUAGUGGAGAAAUGAAGGGUUUUGUCUGGAGACUUGCACACACUGUGUUCACAGCUCACUGAGACGAUGCAGGUGGACCUGACCCGUUACUGUUAACACAGGGCUCUUAGGAUGUAUGGUGCCCCUUAUGGUGUUUUUUUCUAAUUAAAUGUUGCCUGUGUUGUGUAUGUUUGAGGUUUUAUUUACAAGGGAAACACUGGAUACACUUAUGUCUGUGUGUGGUGGUAGGUUUGAGCUCUGGAGGACGCUGCCGUUCUGGGCUAGAAUCUGAAGUCAUUGGGAUGACUGUCCUCUGUAACACUCUUCUCUUGUUUUGCAGACCAUUGCUGCUGCAGUACAUGAUUACCGUAGUCAGUGUUUCUUUUUGCCCAAUCCCCAAAAGGAAACCAGGCAGCGGCAUGGAAGGAAAGAAUCAAACAGUUCUGUCUGAAUUCAUCAUUUUGGGAUUCUCUGAUCUAACUGAUUUACAAUUUUUACUUUUCACCAUCUUCUUUCUGACCUAUAUCUGUACUUUGGGAGGAAAUAUCUUCAUUAUCCUGGUGACUGUGGCUGAUCCACAUCUACACACCCCCAUGUAUCAUUUUCUGAGGAAUUUGGCCUUUCUUGACAUCUGCUACACCACCACCAACAUCCCCCAGAUGAUGGUGCAUCUCCUGUCAGCGAAGAAGAGCAUUUCCUAUUUGGGUUGCAUGGCACAGCUUUUUGCAUUUAUUUUCUUUGUGGGAUCAGAGUGUCUCCUCCUGGCAGCCAUGGCAUAUGACCGUUACAUUGCAAUCUGCAAACCUCUACGGUACUCAGUGAUUAUGAACAGGGCCCAGUAUGGCCGCUUAGCCGCCUCGUGUUGGACUGGGGGUUUCCUCAACUCAGUGGUGCACACAGCACUGACCUUCCACCUGCCCUUCUGUGGCAACAACCAGAUUCAGUAUUUCUUCUGUGACAUCCCCCCUUUGCUGCUGUUGUCUUGUGGGGACACUUCUGUCAAUGAGUUGGCAUUGCUGUCCAUUGGGGUCUUCAUCGGGUGGGCUCCUUUCUUGGGUAUCAUCCUCUCCUACCUCUAUAUUAUCUCUACCAUCUUGAGGAUCCGCUCCUCAGAGGGGAGGCAAAAGGCAUUUGCCACUUGUGCCUCGCACCUGGUCAUUGUCCUUCUGUACUACGGCAGCGCCAUCUUCACAUACGUGCGGCCCAUCUCAACAUACUCACUGGAGAAAGACAGACUAAUCUCUGUGUUAUACAGUGUCAUUACCCCCAUGCUGAACCCUGUAAUUUACACACUGAGGAAUAAGGACAUCAAAGGGGCCGUGAAGGUGUUGGGGAGAAGGUGGAAGCCACCCGUCCCAUCUUUUGAGAUGUAACUUUCACUCACCUGUAACCAAUAUUCUUGUAUCAGAUAAUUAGCUUUUCCCAGCAGCUGUCUGUACUGAAACUCAACGUACAAGUUCACUGCAGCCUGGGGACAGAGGGUGACCAGCUGACACAAUGAAGCCUUAGUGACCGUAUUCUUGAGCUUCAGCUAGUCCUGUGCGAGAGACAUGGAUGUUGCUCUUUUUAGAUCUUUUCUUCUUCGCGAGACUGUCCAUUCCCAAAUCCUUCAUCCUAAAGACGAUGCCACUCUUUCACGCAAUAUGUGCUUGGUGGACAUCACGUCCUGGUACUUCCUUCCUUUUUGUACGACCUCUUACAUGUUGAAGAAUGUGAAACGCUUUCUCCUAAUGUUCCUAUGUGUUCGUUAUAUUUCUCUUCCUAUUACUUAAGUCAUGCUUUUGGCUCUUCUUUCUGUAUUAGGUUCUUCUUAAGAAAGCGUUGUAACCAGAACUGAGUUCACAUUACAGCGGUUUUGACAGUGCUGUGUGAGCCACCAGCUGCAUGGGUCCGUGACCAUUCAUUUUCAUGCUGGAAAGAAGAUAGUCAUGGUUUCUCAAUUCCAGUUUAUAUUCCUUACUCUGUCCCAGAAGUGGGAUAUGCUAAAGGAAUUUUUCUAGAAAUAAGCCCCCACGGCAGUUCGCUAUAUUGUAAGGUACUUUGAAUUCAGGAAAUCUUUAUCUAAAGUUUAGAACACAGAAUCAGAGAAAAGUAUACAGAAAGGUAACUGCAGAUUUUGGGGGGAAUAGAAACUCUUUGCUGCAUAGUAGCUAUAGUUAGACAAGAGAGUAGAAAUUACAUGUGUUAAAAGUGAAGGUACUAACUUUCUGCUUUUUCUGUGUUAUCACCAUGUAGGGGACAGACAUGAAGGCAGACACGUGGACAGGCAAAAUGGUGCAGGAAAGAAAUACAGGAAAGGGAGAAAAAAUGACAGAUAAGGACAGAGGCUUGGAGGUGAGGAGAAGAAGCCGCUUGCAACGUAGGGAGUAGGGGGCUGGCAGGUGGGGAGAAGAGGCUCAGUGGAGGGGCCACCAUCCCUCACCUUUCUCCUGCUCCUAUGAGUGGCUCACGCCUCUAGCCAGUGUCCUGAUUCCCCAUCUGUGUCCUGUCUGGUGUUGGCGGAGUGCCUGCGCUGGCCACCUAUCCCUGCGCAC